AUGUCUUUACCAGAAGCAGCAGCAACGGCUCCUGAAAAUGGAUCCACGACCCAACAACCGGCCGCGCCCCCGCUGAGCGAAGAAACGAGAGCGCAGGUGCAAGAUGUCCUGACAUCAGAGAUUGGCAUCUCGGUGAUGCUGAACCGGCUCAAGCAAAGCAUUGCCUCGGCAAAGGACAACAUGCAGCGGGGCGAGCAUCGCGGCGGCACCUUCGGCCGGGCCUACGAGGAGAUGAUGGCGGUCCACGAGCGCAUGGCCGACAACGGGAUACAGUUCGCCAUGUCGCUGCACACAAUGUCCGAAGAUCUCACGGAAUUAGCCCUCGUAGCCGACAAGUCCCGAAAGGGGUGGAAGCAGAGUGGCCUGGCCGCUGAGCAGCGCGUGGUGGAUCUCGAGGCCGCUUUGCGCAAGUCUAAGACCAAGUACGACGGCCUUGCUGAAGAGUACGACCGCGUCCGAACGGGGGAUUCAGCAGGCCGUCCGGGAGGGAAGAUGUUUGGAUUCAAGGCGCACAAGUCGGGCGCUGGGCACGAAGAGGACCUGCUCCGGAAGGCCCAGGUCGCAGAACAAGAUUACCAAGGGAAGGUUCAGGUUGCGUCUUCCGAGAGGAGCGAGCUUGAAACAAAGACUAGGCCGGAAACCGUUCAGGCACUUCAGGAUAUUCUCCUCGAGACAUCGAAUCGGCCGCCGACCAACACUGGCCCGCCUCCCACGCAGAACACCCCGCAACAACCACCCCCGACUUCCGUGCAACCGCCACCGGCCGGGAUCUUCCAGGGUUCCCGGUCAAGCACUUUCUCCGACGCACCUACCGGCCCGCCAAAUCAGGGACCUACGGGGCACAGUUAUAACCAGAGUAUGGGCUCUCUCCCGAUGCUCGGCGGGCCCCCGCCCCCAUCCCAACCGCAGCACGAGAGGAGCUUUAGCCACGGGAGCACCAUGAACCAAGGCAGCAGCCCCGCAGGCCAACAGUAUAGAAACGCCGGCGCUCCGCAACACCAAGCCCAGUCAUCUGUUUCAAGGUUUGACGGCUCGUUCAGUUCUGCCACUUCGCAGGGGCCACCCCAACUCGGCGCGUUGUCGUUCCAGAGCCCCCAACCCCAGCAAUCCCAGCAACCACCUUAUGCGCAGCUACCGUCCCAGAAAGGGAACCCUCCCCCGAACGCGUUUCCUCAGCCUUCCGCCAUGGCACCUCCCCAGGCGCACAGGCAAUCGCCUCCAGCCGCCUCACAAAUGGCCCCGCCGCGCCCUGUGUUUGGAGUCACCCUGUCCAAGCUUUAUGAGAGAGACGGGCUGGCAGUUCCUAUGGUGGUCUAUCAGUGCAUUCAGGCUGUGGACCUGUUCGGUCUGAACGUCGAGGGCAUUUACCGACUAUCUGGUUCCGUGCCUCACGUUAAUAAGCUCAAGAAUCAGUUUGAUACAGAGAGCACUACGUGGCGUUUAUUGAAGCAGCCAAAAACGAAGACGACAUUGUCCGCCGGUGACACCCUCCAGGCCAUCAUCAACAACCUGCCCGAUCCCAACUACGCCACCUUGCGCGCUCUGACGCUGCACCUGCACCGGGUCAUGGACAACUGGUCAGCGAACCGGAUGAGCUCGCAGAACUUGACCAUCGUGUUGAGUCCCACGCUCAUGAGUACCGCGCCCGGAUCCAACAUCUCAGAUGCCGGAUGGCAGGUCAGAGUCAUGGAUACCAUCUUGCAGAAUACAUAUCAAAUCUUUGACGACGACGAUUGA